GAAUUCUGGAUUAGAACAAAACAGAAAACAACGGUUGCUCAUAAAAAUAUAGUAAAGUUGUUCUCUUGUUUCUUUUUCCAUUCAUAGUAUUAGUGUAUAUAUAGACCCCCACAGAGCAUUUCUAUCUCAAACAACAAAACACCACUCGAGAAAUUGAAAAGCUUUGUAGACUUUUGCCAAUUUGUUUCCGUUUGUUAGUGAAGAAAAGAUGUCGACUACUGCUGGUCAGGUCAUACGUUGUAGAGCUGCUGUGGCAUGGGAAGCAGGGAAGCCAUUAGUGAUUGAAGAAGUGGAGGUGGCUCCUCCACAGAAAAUGGAGGUUCGUAUCAAGAUCCUCUAUACCUCUCUCUGCCACACUGAUGUCUACUUUUGGGAAGCCAAGGGACAGAACCCCGUGUUUCCUCGGAUCCUUGGGCACGAGGCAGGAGGGAUUGUGGAGAGUGUGGGAGAGGGCGUGACCGAUCUUGCACCAGGUGACCAUGUGCUUCCUGUCUUCACCGGUGAGUGCAAAGAGUGUGCUCAUUGCAAAUCAGAAGAGAGCAACAUGUGUGAUCUCCUCAGGAUCAACACCGAUAGGGGAGUGAUGAUUCAUGAUGAAAAAUCGAGGUUCACGAUCAAAGGCAAGCCCAUUUACCAUUUUGUUGGAACAUCCACCUUUAGCGAGUACACUGUGAUCCAUGUUGGUUGUGUUGCCAAGAUAAACCCCCUUGCCCCUCUUGACAAAGUCUGCAUUCUCAGUUGUGGAAUCUCCACAGGCCUUGGUGCCACUUUGAAUGUUGCCAAACCGAAAAAGGGCUCAACUGUGGCAGUAUUUGGAUUGGGAGCUGUAGGCCUUGCAGCUGCAGAAGGUGCCAGAAUUUCCGGGGCUUCAAGAAUUAUUGGUGUUGAUCUGAAUGCUAACAGAUUUGAACUGGCCAAGAAGUUUGGCGUGACAGAGUUCGUGAACCCAAAAGAUCAUAGCAAACCAGUUCAGGAGGUACUUGCUGAGAUGACUGGUGGAGGAGUGGACAGAAGCAUUGAAUGUACUGGCCACAUCGAUGCCAUGAUUUCAGCAUUCGAAUGUGUCCACGAUGGCUGGGGUGUAGCUGUUCUUGUGGGUGUUCCCCACAAAGAUGCUGUCUUCAAGACCCACCCGGUGAAUCUACUGAAUGAAAGGACUCUAAAGGGUACAUUCUUUGGCAAUUAUAAACCCCGUUCAGACCUUCCUUCCGUCGUGGAAAAAUACAUGAACAAGGAACUUGAACUGGAGAAGUUCAUUACCCAUGAAGUCCCAUUCUCGGAGAUCAACAAGGCGUUCGACCUCAUGCUAAAAGGGGAAGGCCUUCGAUGCAUCAUCCGUAUGGACUGAUACAAAGGCAUGGAGGUCUGCAGUUGAUUUGCUUCUUUUUUGUGGAGCUAUAAUAAAACUUGUAUGGUUGUUUUUGAGCAUAAUGUCUAUGCUGCUCCUUGUGAACAGAAAUGACAAUUAUAUGACAAUAUUUUGUUUGUAAAUAUCUUUCAAUAAAUGAUUUUAUUUUUAAUGUUGGGUUCUUA